UAAAAGGUGAAUAAAUAUAAAAUGUGAAAUCUAGAAUACCUCUUUCCAAUCAUUUGUACAACUGUACUGCUAUCAGUACAGUGUGUACACUGUACUGUUCUGCUUUUCUUAGAUUCAGGAUAAUGCGAAUACUACAUUCAAGCAGUCACAAUGGAAAGGCAGCUUUUGAUAUUAGCUUUCUCUGCGUUUCUAAUCAAGGGUAUUCUCAGCGAUAAAAGUUCGUGUCCUUUUCUUCUUGAUACACCUCUACCCUCACAUCUGCCAUAUGGAGUUGAACAUAGCCUUUCCGGUAUCCGUCUCAUACCAACAAACCACACAGACUUCACAGAAUGUAUGACUGAUUGUUGUGAGGAAGCAGCUUGUAAUGCAGCUCUUACUGUCAGUAAAGAUGAUAAAGAGGAGUGUAUGUUUGUGUACUGUGAGAAAGAUGAAUUAUGCCUUCCGGCCAAGGAAUUUGGCCAAUAUCCAUCCACCCUAGUUUUGAUUCACCCUAACAGCCCGCCCUGGCCCAACGUGACAGUUGCUAAAGAUACAGUUUGUGAAGUAGGGUUAGAACUGGAGUCCUGUAAACCCGGAGAAAUAUGUUCUCCUCUCCACUCGAAAUCAAGGAAUGGAGUAUGCAGAUGUGGUGAAGGCUCUAAAUAUACUAAUGAAGGUUGUAUUCCCAACCCUACUCUUGAAGUGACUACAGCACUGCCAGUGGUAGAGACUAUAACUAUAGCUGUGUCUGUCUCUAAUAAGACUAUCCGACUACCUGAAUCUAGUUCUAGUCUAACAGCCUUUACAGUUCCAGCACCUACCAAGGACAAUCCAUUCUCGUACGAAUGGAAGGCUCAGGAAUCAAAUUUACAAGGAACUGAAUCUGACUCUAACAGUGAGACGUUGAAACUGUCAGCUCUGGAAGAAGGAGUUUAUGUUUUCAAGGUAUCUGUGACCUCUAAAUCUCCUCCUGGUUAUGGUGAAACUAUGGCAAAUGUUACAGUACUCCCUCUACCACGCAUCAAUACUCCGCCAAAAGCUGUAAUUGUCCCCGCCAGUCAGAUAGUUACUCUUCCAACCAACAAGGCUGUGAUAGACGGAAGCAAAUCCUCUGACGACGGUGAUGAUCUUUCUUUUACCUGGGUAGUUAGUAGCGGUCCCAUGGGAUACCAACCUGAACUACCUGCAGUACCUACCCUUACUCUAGACCAUCUUAUUGCUGGGAAUUACAGUAUAAAGCUGACAGUGAAGGAUAAGGAGGGGGAAUCUGAUUCAGCAGUUUCCUCUUUAUCAGUUCUCAAGGAGACAGAUUAUCCACCCACGGCAAAUGCUGGCGAGGAUAAGAUUGUUUACCUGCCUCACAAUAUCGUUAUUCUCAACGGGAACAAGAGCUCAGACGAUCAUGAAAUAGUUUCAUGGGAGUGGACAAAGAAAAAACCUGAGGAUGGAGUGGAGCUACCAGCUGAUAUUACAGGAGCAAGAACUCCUUACUUGAAGAUUGCAAACCUGGAAAUGGGAAUCUAUAAUUUUGUUCUUAAGGUUACAGAUAGUGCUGAUCAGAUGAGAUCUGAUGAGGUUUCAGUUUAUGUUAAACCUCCAUCAAACCUUCCCCCUCAUGCUGACGCCGGUCUUGACCAAGAUUUAUCUCUCCCACUUCCUUUUAUAGUUCUGGAUGGAAGUGGCAGCACAGAUGAUCUCAAUAUAACACAAUAUGUUUGGAAACAGUUGGAAGGCCCUAACGUUGCUAAAAUAAGUUUGCCUGGAUCUGCGAAAACAAAUGUAUCUAGUCUCGCUGUUGGAACUUAUAAAUUUCAACUAACAGUCAGUGAUGGUAGUGGUAACAAUGAUACUGAUGAUGUCCUGGUGACUAUCCGUCAAGAUACUAACCAAGCCCCUAUAGCUAAAAUUCUUCAACCUGAUAAAGUAAUGCUCCCAGUAUCUUCUAUUACCCUGGAUGGAUCUGAAAGUUCUGAUGAUCUUGCAAUAGAAUCCUGGGAGUGGACUAGAGAACCAGAGAGUAUAUCAGCUGGUCUAGUUGUAGGAGGAUGGAAUUCAUCUAAACUAGUUUUAACAGAUCUUGUGCAGGGGAACUAUCUCUUCUCAUUAAAGGUGGCUGAUGCUCAGGGGAAAACUGAUAAUGGAAAGGUCGCGUUUACUGUUGAGGAAGACAAGGAUGUUCUUUCCUCAGUAGAAAUCAUUUUUGAUCAAGAACUGGGUAGUCUUACUCAAGCUGAACUCAGGAAUGUUUUGGAUGCAAUCAAGAUAUUUGUGCGAGGUAAAGGAGAUGUAGUUCUUGAUUCAUUGAAACCAGCUCGAAGAACCGGUUUUGCAACCGUCGUCUUCAAGGUCAAAUCCACUGCAGGGGAUUCAAAAUAUUUGAAAGGGUUGGAUGUAAUCUCCUCCCUAAAAGCAACCUUGAGAACUAACCCUGAUGUUCUGGGUAUUCCUGUUCUAAACCUGGAGACGGUGGUCUGCCAGAAUACAUGUGGAGGGCACGGGCAUUGUAAUCAGAAUACAAGGGAGUGUGUGUGUUCUCCCUUCUGGGUUGAGAACUCGUUUAAAAGAUAUAUUCUGAAGGGGGAACCUAACUGUGAUUGGUCUGUGAUAUAUGUGAUAGUGAUAUGUAUGAGCUUGUUUGUUAUUGUUUUGGUAGUGUACUGUCUGUACUGCGGUUGUUGGAAGGAUAAACGAAAAUACAACAGGCUGGAUACAGGAGAUAUAGAGCUAACAGGUAAAACACUUAUUCAUUAUCUAAAGUGAAUUUAAAGGGAAUGUAAGCGUAAUUUCAAGUGACC